CAGGUUUAGUCUCUAAUCGCUAUUCAAACGACAUCCGCGUGUGCUGAUUCUUAAAGCAGCAACAAUGCUGCUGAAUCCGAGCAACCUCCUGUGGGCCGUGGCCACCGGGCUAGUGAUCUAUCGCUGUUUUCGGUUCAUGUUCGAUCGACCACCAAAUUUUCCCAGCGGUCCGCCCCGGCUUCCGCUGCUCGGAAGCUACCUGAUCAUGCUGAUGAUCAACUAUCGCCACCUGCACAAGGCCGCCCUACGGCUGAGCCAGCUCUACCGGACCAAGAUCCUGGGCAUAUUUUUGGGAGACUAUCCCUCGAUUGUGGUGAACGAUUUGGCCAUCGCAAAGGAGGUUCUGUCCCGGACGGAAUUCGAUGGCCGUUCGGAUCUGUUUCUGGCGCGUCUGCGGGAGCGGAACUUUCGCAGGAGGGGCAUAUUUUUCACGCAAGGACCACACUGGAAGGAGCAGCGGCGGUUCGUGCUGAGACAUUUGCGGGACUAUGGUUUCGGAAGGCGUUUCGAAGAAUUGGAAGCGGAAACGCGGAGCGAAAUGAUGAUGCUGCUGGAUGUGCUUCGAUAUGGGGCGAAAUAUGAUCAUGAACGGAUGUUCGCGAAGGACGGCUAUGUGAAUUGCCCAGACGUGUUUUACGGACUGCUGGGCAAUGUGUAUUUUCAAGUUAUUUGUGGGGAGCGGUUCCAGCGAAAGGAUAUGGCACAGUUAUUUGACACUGGCCGCCAUGCGAUCCACUUUCAGCAGAAAGGUGACGACUACGGAACCAUCCUGAGCUACCUGCCGUGGUUGAAGGACUACUUUCCGGAAGCCACGAACUAUCGAAUCCUCAGGGAAGUGAACGAUCGAAUGAACGACAUGAUAGAAGGAAUGGUCGAAAAAUAUCUGUCUUCGUAUGACGUGAACCAUACCCGGUGCUUCCUGGAUCGCUAUAUCCGCGAAAUGAAGCAAACUAAGCCCCUGGAAGGCGAUGCGUUUACUUUUCAAUACGAUCAACUGAUUAUGAUCCUGUGGGACAUGCUAAUCCCGACCAUAUCCGGUUCAGCCAUCCAGCUCUCGAUGCUGUUGGAACGUCUUCUGCUGAACCCCCGAGUCGCCCAAAAGGUCCAACAGGAGCUGGACGACGUCGUCGGUCGUGGACGACUGCCGGCGUUAGACGACCGAAUCAACCUUCCCUACACAGAGGCAACUCUUCGCGAAGCACUCCGUAGCGAUACCCUCGUCCCAUCUGGCAUUUCCCACGUGGCGCUCGAAGAUACCAAACUGUGUGGGUACGACAUCCCGAAGGGUUGCUUCGUCAUGCUCGGAUUGGACGUAAUUCACAACCAGCGGGAAUUCUGGGGUGAUCCGGAGUGCUUCCGACCGGAGCGAUUCUUGGACGAGUUUGGCAAACUUUCGCUCAAAAAGGACAUUUCGGUACCUUUUGGGGCGGGGAAGCGACUGUGCGCGGGAGAAACUUUUGCCAGGAAUACAUUGUUUCUGAUGUUUAGCGCUUUGAUGCAGAACUUCAAUGUGACACAGCGACCGGGCGAUCCAUUGCCAGAUGUUGCCAAAAGGAUUACUGGAGUGAUUACCUCGACUGAGCCAUUUUGGCUCCGUUUUGAGCCGAGAUAGAAUAAGGAUCUUAGUGAAUAAACGCUUAUGUUAAAGUAAACAAAAAUGAAGUAUUCAAAAUUAUAUUCUUUGUAUUCUAAUAAUAAGUAUUUAUAGUUACUCAGUACUUAAGUCAGUACUUAAGGCGAGGUGCACAGCGGGCAAGGUGGAUCGAUCAGGUGGAGGACGACUUGCGGACCCUCCGCAGACUGCGUGGUUGGCGAAGUGCAGCCAUGAACCGAGCUGAAUGGAGAAGUCUUUUAUGUGCAGCACAGGCCACUCCGGCCUUAGUCUGAUGAUAAAUAAAAGUUA